CUCCCGCCAUGCCCACAGCCACCGCACCGCCGUCGCCUGCGCCGCUGCUCGCCGCCCUGCGCGCCGAGCAGCCGCGCGCCUCCGCCGCUGCCCUCGCACAGACCCUGGCGCGCCGCUAUGCGCCCUGGCUCGGCGCGCCCGACGUGCCCGUCUUUGCCGCCUCGCGCGCACCCGGCACGCUCGUGCGCUGGCGCUGCAUGCUCCAGGACACGGGCCUCGGCCGCGAGCUUGUGCGCGCUGCCGACUGCUGGCGUGUCGAGGCCGGCGACGGCGACGACGACGACGCCGCCGCAGCCAGCGACAGCCAGCUCGCCGAGCGUGCCGUCGUUUAUGCGUGCGACGUGCCUGGCUGGAGUGCAUGGGCGCGCCGCAGCUGGCAGCGCGGCGCGGCGGCUGCGGCUGAUGUGGGCGCUGACGAUGCUGCCGAGGCCAUGCGGAACAUGGCGCUGGGCGACGAAGCACCGGCGUACCUCGACAAGCACCCGCAGCGCGAGCAGCCUGGCGCAGGCGCGCUGCUCAAAAUCUACGACGACGAGCUGGCCGACUCGCUGCGCGUGACACAAUGCGUCGAUGUGCUCGGCGUGCUUGACUCGAGCGCGUUGCCGGGCGCCGACUGGGCCGACGCCGACGGCAGUGCCGGUUCGAGCACUCCUCUCGUGCCGGCGUUGCAUGUGCUGGCCCUCGCACCUGUCGACCUGCGUGUCAGCGCGGCUGCGCCCAGCGAGGCGCAGAGCGCCGGCGCAGCUGAGGCUCGACAGGAGAUCAGCGCGUAUCUCAAGGACGCACUAGCUGGCGACGAGUUGGCCGCCGAGUGGACGCUGCUUGCGCUGCUGGCACGCAUCCACUCACGACGCGGCCCGCUGCUGCUUGGCUCGCUGUCCCUGAAUCUCUCCGGCGCCACGCUGCCGCACCUGCACGGCGCGCUGCAGGCGCUGCUGCCGAGUGUGCUGCGCCAGUCGCUGGCGCUGCCGCAUCUGAACGAGGCGCGCACGCGCAUGGCGCCGAGCAACGACGGAGCGGGUGAGGGCCUGCGUGCCGGCCGUCUGCAGUGUGUCGAUGGCACGGCGCUGCUCAUCGACGAGACGGAGAUGGGCGAGGGCACGCUGGGCGACCGCGGCGUGCGCAACAUCCGCGAGCUCUCGGCAAUGCUGACGAGCCGCAAGCUCGCGUACAACUUCUCCUACUCGACAUUUGACUUCGACGUCGACGCGCCCGUCGUUGUGCUCUCGACCGGCAAGUCUCUGUUGCCGAUCGACGUCUGGCUGCCGACCUCGCCCUCCGCCUCCACAUCCGCGCCGGCAGCGGCAUCUGAGGAGCAGCUGAGCCGCUGGCGCACCUACGUCGCUACAGCACGCAGCGCCGAGCUGGCUAUUCCCGAGCAGGUGGCGCAGCAGAUUCAGGAUGAAUUCGUCGCGGCGCGCAAGGAGGGGCAAGCGGGCUUCAAGGAGGGCCAAGAAGCUCUGCUGCGACGCAUGGGCGUGGCAAGAUUCGUGGCGCUCUCGAACGGACUUUCCGAGAUGGACCUGGCGUCCUGGCGCCGUGCCGUCGAGCUCGACGAGCUGCGCAUGACCCGCGUCGCCGCUGCCGGCUCCGCCACUGCUGCUGCCGCGGCCAACGGCAGUGCCAGGCCCUCGGCGGCGAAUGUGGCGCCUGACACGCCAGAGCGGCGGCGAGAGGCGCGGACAAGCGGCGACACGCUUGGCUCUCCGCCGCAGCCAUAGCAAUGAGCAUGGCCUCGGCCACAUGCGCAGAACGCUCCGCCGCAGCCUGAGUCUAUGCAUCUAUUCGUCGGCGUCUAGUGGCGGCAUGCCGACGUCGGCGUCGGAGCCGAGCACACAGACGCGCAGGAAGUACGCGUGCAGGCGUCCGUCGGUGGUGAGCUCCGGGUGGAAGCUGGUGGCGAGCAGGCGGCCCUGGCGCAGCGCGACGAUCUGGGCGUCGUGCGGUGGCCGAUUGGGGAUGUCGAGGCUGGC